AUGGCAGAGGAUAAAGUGCUUGAUGCGGUGCUAAAGGUGCAACCGCCUUUGUCCGCCAACGGUCGCGAGCUGCGAGCGUUACAGCGUCUAUGGUCGCAGCCGGAGGUGGCGGGAUUCCUAGAGGCUGCGAGGCCAAAGGCUUUGCCAAAAUUGGAAAAGCCGCGGCCUCCGAAUACUCUUUUUCCAGAUCCUUUGUCAAACGCCGCACCACCAGCAGGAGCGCUCAGCUGCGGCUGA